AUGAAGCACCACUACACAGAAGAAGAGAUGAAGAGGAUGAUGACCUUCAAGACUAAAGUGGUGUAUGAUAAGAUUACAGAGGAAGAGGAGAGAGUAUAUUGGGCUAAAAUGAUCUGGAAUAGGCUAGCAAUGCCUAAACAUAGAGUGAUUUGCUGGCUGGCUAUCCAAGGAAGACUCAAAACAACUGACAGGCUGUGUCAGAUGGGUGUAACAACUGAUGCACAAUGUAAUCUCUGUUGUGAGCAUACAGAGAGUCAUCAACAUCUGUUCUUUCAAUGUUCUUAUGUAAAGAGAGUCCUUAAGUAUGUGUUUGAAUGGUUGGGAUUCAAAAGCAGGCAGGAUCAACUGAUGAGUAUUAUGAUGAUGCUGAAUGGCAGAAGUAGAAAGUCCAGAGUUCAGAAGCAAAUACAUGCUGCAAUAAUCAAGGCUUGUGUUUAUUAUGUUUGGUGGGCAAGGAAUGAGGCUCAAUGGAAUAUGGUACUCUGGAGACUAGAGAAGGUGUAUAGAAUCAUUAGGGAGUGUACAGUGAUGCGAAUUAAUAGUGUUUUGCCUAGGAAGAUAUCCAGUAAGGAUAUAGCAUGGUGGGAAAAUGUAAAGAGCAAAGUGUAUAGUGUUUAG